AUGGUUGAUGAUGGAGGGAGGUUGGGAAUAAUCAAACAGGCAGCUCAGCAGGAGACAGUCGGGGAAGCUGGUGUUUUAGGAACCAUUGAGAGGCAAUUAGGCAAUUGGUGUUUCAGAAGCAAUAGCCAAGAUGCAAUCUACGAAAGGUACAUGUUCCCAUUGCUCGUCAGUGAGCAGUUAGAUACAUGGCCAGAGAAGAACCUGCGCCAAAGAGUUUGGAUGACUCCAGAGGAAGCUAGAGAAGUGUGUCAGUACUGGUGGAUGAAAGAAGCCCUGGACAUAUUAGUGAGCCGCCUCACAUGCGAGAAGCACAAUAACCAGGAAUAAGCAGUAAAUAAUUUGAUCUUGCUAAUUAAAUGCUGGUUGGUGCCUACUUAGUAAUUAUAGAUUCAGAUGGAGACCGACUUGUUGAAAAUAUAUAAUUGUACAAUCCGGGGAUUUCUGAUAAAGAAAUGACGAAGAGAAAACUUGGUUGCUUUCCAUUCUAUAAGUUAUUGUUUCCUAGAUACUGUCUCCAUUCAUGCCUGGAAAUCAUUAUUGAUUAGCGGUGACAUAUCGAUGAUCCUUGGUACGAACAUUAGUUAGUAGUUA